AUGAAUGGCAAUGUUAUCUGCAAUACCCUUUAUUUUCUAUAAAAGUGUUAGCUUCUUCUAAGCCAAAUGGAAGGUAAACAAGAAUGGAUCAACGAGAUAAAUGAGUUAUAGAAGGAAUUAGAGCUCCAAAAAAUCAAUCACCCUCUUUAUGAGAAGUGUUUGAUCUUCAUCACUGACAAAAUCAUACACCCAUUUCUGUAAGACCUCGACACUCUAUUCAAUUGUCAAGAUGUCGUUAGGGAAAUGAAAAAAUAUGAAUUGAAUUUUAACUAUGUUAUUAAGAGACUCUCAUUGAUAAGAGAGUUCAUACCAAAUGUGGUGAAGGUACCGUUGGAUGACUUAUUCUGUAAACCUUAAACUGACCAGGAAUGGAUUUAAUUAAACAGAUAUAUAGAAUAUGUUAAUUUAGAUGAUCCAUUAUCCUUGUCUAAACAAUUCGAUUAAUUCUAUGAUUAUAUCGCUUUGGGAGCUGCCUAUUGCACUUUGGGAUCGAAGUAUUCGAACCCUUUGAUAAGUUUGAUCGUGUAAAAUGUUGGUGGGGCUGUGAUGUUGGUUACGAAAUAGACGGCGAGAAAUAUCAAGAUCAAAGAGAUCACAAAUCCAUCUCUCUCAUUUGUCAAGGGAUUGUGGAGUAUCCAAAACAAUUCAACCUUUUUCAAGAAUUUCAUGAAACUGACAAAUUGUAAGGUUAAAUCACAUCUGAAAAUUCAUGUUCCCUUCUUAUUUGAAGAACACACAAUUUAAAUAUCAUCAUGA